AUGGCGGCAAUAAAUGCCGAAGAAGUGGAUUUAAUGGAUGAAAUCAAUUCAAUAUUAAAUGAUUUGAAUGAUUUGAAUGAAGAGAUCAUUGAAUUUAAGGGAACCGAUCGUAAUAUGAAAUACAGAUUUUUGAAUGACACGCUUAGCCGUUGUAUGACCAGACUGUACAUUAUUGACACCGACGGCAGCAAUGGUGAUGUCCUCCGUAUGGCCCGUAGAGCAGCCGUUGUCGACGUCCAGAAGUGUAUUGAUUUGUUGGAGAAAAAAUUAACCGAAAAUAAUGAGAAACAAAAACUAAGUAUAACUGAUAUCAAUGACAAACCGAUUGCCGAGAUGUCGACUACGGAAACAAUUGAUCUCAACAUAGAAAAAUAUAUUGUCCAAUUGAGUAAAUUAAAUAUUAAUAAAAAUAAAACCAUCAUAUUGACUGAUAAUUUAACUAAUCAGUCAAAAUUAGGUAUUACUGAAAAUAAUGACAAACCUACUGCUAAGUUACCGACAAUUAAACCAAUUGAUUUCUUAAUAUCAAAUCUUAAAAAUACAAAAACCAGUGACAAAUCAAUUGGCGAAAUGUCGACUAAGGAACCGUUGAAUUCAAACUUAAAUGCUUCAAAUAGUGACAAAUUGAUUGAAUAUCAAACUGAUACUGAAAUCAUUGACAAAACAAUAGCCGAAAUGUCGACUACGGAAACAAUUGAUACUAAUAUAGAUAAAAUAAUAAAUCUCAAUCAGUUGGAUAUUAUUGGUACCGAUGAUGACGACGACUCAAAUGAUACCGUCGCUGAAGUCCUUAAAGAGUUCUUUAAGACGACGAAUACUGAAAUCAAUAACAAACCAAUAGCUGAGGAACCAAUUGAUAUGGACAUAGAAAAUAAUACUGAAGACAAUAAUCAAGAAAAUGUUAGUCAGUCUAAUGAUGCGGUUAUAAAAUCGCUAACAUUAAGUAACCAAUUGGAUAAACUUGAAAAUCACAAUCAAAUAACACUAUUACUAUUGGGAGAGACCGGUGUCGGCAAAUCAACAUUUAUCAAUGCAUUUGUCAAUUAUCUACUGUUUGGCAAAAUGGACGACGCAAUAGAAAAACCAAUUUGUUUGAUACCCGCAAAGUUUACAUUAACCGAUUGGCAGACCGGAGUCCGUAAGGUUUGUACGUUUGGUACGCCGAGUGAUACGGAAAAUACUGAUAAUGUAAGUGAAUCUGCUACACAAUACCCCCGAUGUUAUACAUUUGAUUUUGGCACUUAUCGGCUCAAUAUUAUCGAUACACCCGGUAUGGCCGACACUAACGGUUUGGAUAAAGACAACCGAAAUAUGCAGAAUAUUCUUAAUUUUAUUUCAAAUUACGACACUAUUAAUGGUAUUUUUGUAUUAUUAAAGCCAAAUGAGUCGAGAGUUACUGAAUUAUUCAAGUAUUGUAUAUAUGAGUUGUUGUCUCAUUUAAACAAAUCGGCCGCCGAUAACAUAAUGUUUGUGUUUACCAACGCUCGGAGCACUUUCUAUGCACCGGGAGAUACAACUGUAUCUCUGGAGGCUGUGUUGGAACAGAUACGACAGCAUCCGCCAUAUGUUAGGAUCAAGUUUGACAAAAGUAAUACAUUUUGUUUCGAUAACGAAUCGUUAUUUAGUGGCCGUCAGUAAACCUAAUAAUAUUAAGUUUAACGAAAAUAUUCAAAAGUUAUUUAAAGAUAGUUGGGAAAUAUCAGUCAAUGAAUGCUUACGAAUGAUGCAAUACAUAUGUGAUGUAAAGCCACACAAUGUUAAGGACACUCUAAGCGUCAAUGAGGCCAAACGUACCAUUAAAUUGUUGACACAACCGUUGGCUGAUAUUAGUAAAAAUAUUGCCGAUAAUAUCAAUGAAUGUCAGAUACAGACAGAAAAUAUUUUGCAAUUUAAGGGUACAAUUGAAGAACUGAAAUGCGAACUUUAUAUACCAGUUAUUGAUAUCAAGUCCAUACCAUUGGAUCAUCCGAUGACUGUAUGCUCGGACAAGGAUUGUUGUGAACUAAUGAAUAU